AUGUCAUCAUCGUCGGAAUCAUCACUUGGACGGUGGGGAAUCGCGGCUCAUGUACAGGGCGAGGACCGCGAGGACGGCGGGGAAUCGCGGCUCAUGUACAGGGCGAGGACCGCGCGGACGGCGGGGAAUCGCGGCUCAUGUACAGGGCGAGGACCGCGCGGACGGCGGGGAAUCGCGGCUCAUGUACAGGGCGAGGACCGCGCGGACGGCGGGGAAUCGCGGCUCAUGUACAGGGCGAGGACCGCGCGGACGGCGGGGAAUCGCGGCUCAUGUACAGGGCGAGGACCGCAAGGACGGCGGGGAAUCGCGGCUCAUGUACAGGGCGAGGACCGCAAGGACGGCGGGGAAUCGCGGCUCAUGUACAGGGCGAGGACCGCGCGGACGGCGGGGAAUCGCGGCUCAUGUACAGGGCGAGGACCGCAAGGACGGCGGGGAAUCGCGGCUCAUGUACAGGGCGAGGACCGCGCGGACGGCGGGGAAUCGCGGCUCAUGUACAGGGCGAGGACCGCGAGGACGGCGGGGAAUCGCGGCUCAUGUACAGGGCGAGGACCGCAAGGACGGCGGGGAAUCGCGGCUCAUGUACAGGGCGAGGACCGCAAGGACGGCGAUGAAUCGCGGCUCAUGUACAGGGCGAGGACCGCGCGGACGGCGGGGAAUCGCGGCUCAUGUACAGGGCGAGGACCGCGAGGACGGCGGGAAAUCGCGGCUCAUGUACAGGGCGAGGACCGCAAGGACGGCGGGGAAUCGCGGCUCAUGUACAGGGCGAGGACCGCGCGGACGGCGGGGAAUCGCGGCUCAUGUACAGGGCGAGGACCGCGCGGACGGCGGGGAAUCGCGGCUCAUGUACAGGGCGAGGACCGCGCGGACGGCGGGGAAUCGCGGCUCAUGUACAGGGCGAGGACCGCGCGGACGGCGGGGAAUCGCGUCUCAUGUACAGGGCGAGGACCGCAAGGACGGCGGGGAAUCGCGGCUCAUGUACAGGGCGAGGACCGCGCGGACGGCGGGGAAUCGCGGCUCAUGUACAGGGCGAGGACCGCGCGGACGGCGGGGAAUCGCGGCUCAUGUACAGGGCGAGGACCGCGCGGACGGCGGGGAAUCGCGGCUCAUGUACAGGGCGAGGACCGCGCGGACGGCGGGGAAUCGCGGCUCAUGUACAGGGCGAGGACCGCAAGGACGGCGGGGAAUCGCGGCUCAUGUACAGGGCGAGGACCGCGCGGACGGCGGGGAUUCGCGGCUCAUGUACAGGGCGAGGACCGCGCGGACGGCGGGGAAUCGCGGCUCAUGUACAGGGCGAGGACCGCGCGGACGGCGGGGAAUCGCGGCUCAUGUACAGAGCGAGGACCGCAAGGACGGCGGGGAAUCGCGGCUCAUGUACAGGGCGAGGACCGCAAGGACGGCGGGGAAUCGCGGCUCAUGUACAGGGCGAGGACCGCGCGGACGGUGGGGAAUCGCGGCUCUUGUACAGGUCGAGGACCGCAAGGACGGCGGGGAAUCGCGGCUCAUGUACAGGGCGAGGACCGCGCGGACGGCGGGGAAUCACAUAUCGGAACGUGCAACGCGCGGGAGAGAUAA